CGCUCACCUAAGUCAGCGCGGCGAAGCCAUCUCCGUCUAGCCUGCUUGCUGAUGCACGCUUCGUCUAUUGUCGUUCCUGCUCACAUUCGCCAGAAUACACGCGCGGCGAAGAGAAACUCGGCGACUACACGAAGGUCGCAUUUUGUGGCCAUUUCUGAGAAUAUAGCCCCGGCUUCCGCGUUCCUUGGAUCUCGUCCGAUGAACCUCUCCGCUGGGCUCGGCUCCAAAAAAGCUGGUGCGGGCCCAAGGAGUGUAGCCACGAUGGGUCUGUUCGGACUCGGGCUUCCGGAGCUUGUCGUUAUUGGCGGCGUUGCGGCGGUGCUAUUCGGACCAAGCAAGCUUCCCGAGCUCGGUAAAAGCCUCGGAAAAACAGUGAAGAGCUUUCAGGCUGCCGCUAAUGAGUUUCAAGACGAACUCAAGGAGAAAAAUGAAGAAAAGUUUUCGCCCAAGGCUCAACAAGAAAACGAUGACAAGGAAAACAUUUGAGAAGGGAUGGUGAAUUGAGGCGUGUCUAAGCUAUCCUAACGCAUAUAUGGAAAGCUAGCGACC